AUGGUCGCGGAAAGACGCCGCUGGACGCCUGCCGAGGAUGCGCUCCUUCGUCAGGAGAUGGAAUUACAAGAACGAUCCCCCACCGGGCGAUCUCGACGCAUCGACUGGAACGCCAUUGCCAGGAAAAUUGCGGGCCGCAGCAACAAGGACUGCCGGAAACGAUUUCACAACCAGUUUGCAGGCUGUGGCCCAUGGACCCCCGAGGAAGACACCCGGCUCAAGGGGCUGGUACGAAAGUACCGGUACAAUUGGGCGUUUAUCGGCCAGCGGAUGGAGACGAGAAAUGCAGAUCAAUGCUCGAAGCGGUGGCAUCACAGCCUCAAUCCAGAGUUGGAGCGCAGGCCAUGGGCUGACGCCGAGAAUCAAUUGCUUCUGUCCGCAGUCAAUGUCCAUGGGACCAGCUGGAAAGACAUACAACGAGGCUACUUUCCCACCCGUUCAGCAAACAAUAUCAAGAACCAAUUCACUGUUUUGAGUCGACGAGCCAGUGAUACUAGUAAUUCCUCGACAAGUGCACCCUCACCAGCUACUUCCUCCGUGUCUCAGAAUAUGGAAGCUUCGACCCCGAGGCAGGAUGUCUCAUUCGAUCACUUUCUACGUCUGUUGCCAGUUGAAGAGUCAAAAGAAGACAAUUCACUCUUGACGCAUGACAUACAAGUUGACGCACCUUUGAGGGACGCUCUCGGUGAAGAGCCCUGGAACUGGAACAUGGACGAGACAGGUUUGAGCCAGUUUGAUGAUCAGGAUCCCAUCAUGAAUCUUCCAGAUCGUGACAAUACGUUCAUCAAUCCAAAUCUCGAACUCAGUACGGACUUGAGAUUGGAACUGCCCUCUUGGACAGCCGAGGCUCCUCAGCUACUUGAUAGUUAUCGAGGAGAAUCUUCUCCGUUGCACAUCCAGACUACUACCUUUGCUCCUGAUUCCAGCUCGUCCGCAGAGUUGUCGGAAGAUCAGAGCUCUCGAAUUACCAUUACGGUGGACGGAGCCGAGCCGGAGACAAUCAUGACGGUAAUGAAGAUUCUGUUUCAGUCGAAUGCGCGGGUGGGAUUUCAACGUGGACAGAUAGAUACAUAG